AAGACAAGCUACGCAGCAGGAAUCCUGGGGAGCGGAUGGAUUUUUGCCAGUCUCCCCAAAGAAAUGUGACUUUUAACAUAUGCUCCAGAAAGACACAAUGUUUACCCAACGACUGAAAGGAUCCGUAGCCUUAUGGACAUGGGUUUUUAUAUGGACAGUUACCGGACUUGAUAAGGACGGAAGAUCUGUAUGGGAAAAAGACCUAGGUUUAAGUCCGGUGAAUGAAACCCUGAUGUUUUUGCAUGACACGUUCCCCCAAAGGUUCCUCUGGGGUGUAGGUACCAGCUCGUUUCAGGUGGAGGGCAGCCAGAGGAAAGAUGGCAAAGGAGCCUCAAUAUGGAAUCACUUCAUGCAUUUACCAGAAUUCAGACCAGAUGACUCCAGUGGCAGCUACACUUUUCUAGGGAAGGAUUUAUUAGCUCUGGAUUUUUUGGGAGUCUCUUCUUACCAUUUUUCAAUUUCAUGGCCAAGGCUCUUUCCCACUGGGAUGGCAACAGCUGUCAAUGAAAGAGGGCUCCGCUACUACAAUUCUCUCCUGGAUGCUCUAGUUCACAGACGCAUUGAGCCUGUAGUCACCCUUUACCAUUGGGAUUUGCCUUGGGAGCUGCAAAAGAACUACGGGGGCUGGAAAAAUGAGUCCCUGGUUGAUAUUUUCAAUGCCUAUGCCACUUUUUGCUUCCAGACGUUUGGAGAUCGCGUUAAGUACUGGAUUACAAUCCACAAUCCUUAUCUAGUUGCUUGGCAUGGGUAUGGCACAGGGCUUCAUGCACCCGGAGAGAAGCAGGAAAGAGCUGUGUACGCAGUAGGACAUAAUCUGAUCAAGGCUCAUGCGAGAGUCUGGCAUAAUUACAACAAAUAUUUCCGACCUCAUCAGAAUGGAUUUCUGUCAAUCACAUUGGGAUCCCACUGGAUUGAACCUAACAGAUACAAGGACAAUUCAGACCUUGCAAAGUGUCAGCAGUCCAUACAGAAAGUGCUGGGAUGGUUCGCCAAACCAAUACAUGGCGAUGGAGAUUACCCUGAAGAGCUGAAGGCUGAACUUCCUUCUAUACUGCCAAAUGUUACCAAGGCAGAGAAAAAACAGAUUAAAGGGACAGCUGACUUUUUUUCAUUCUCUUUUGGGCCGGAUAAUUUUAUGCCGCUGAGCAGGCUGCCAAAAAUGGGCCAAGUUAUCUCACUCAACCUAAGGAACGCAUUGAACUGGAUUAAACUGGAAUAUAACAGUCCUAGAAUCCUGAUUGCAGAAAAUGGAUGGUUCACCAACAGCCAUGUAAAAACAGAAGAUACCACCAUUAUCUACUUAAUGAAGAAUUUCAUUAAUAAGGUCUUACAAGCUAUUAAAUAUGAUCAAAUUGAUGUAUUUGGUUACGCGGCUUGGUCCCUUCUGGAUGGAUUUGAAUGGCAACAUGGUUAUCACAACAGACGGGGAUUAUUUUAUGUAGAUUUCAAUAGUAAGGAAAAGGAGCGGAUUCCCAAGUCUUCUGCAUAUUAUUACAAGCAAAUAAUACAGGAAAAUGGUUUUCCCAUGGAGGAAUCUACCCCAGUUUUGCACGGUCAGUUUCCCUGUGACUUCUCCUGGGGUGUGACAGAGCCAGUUAUUAAGGCGGAAUCUGUAGCUUCCUCUCCACAGUUCUGCGAUCCCAACUUGUACCUCUGGAAUAUUACGGGAGAUGGCCUUUUCUACCCGGUGAAAGGAGUGAAACUGAAAACCCGGCCAGCCCAAUGUACAGACUUUGUCAGCAUUAAAGCGCAACUGAAGCUGUUGUCUAAACUGAAUAUCACCCACUACAGAUUUGCACUCAAUUGGCAGCUAGUUCUACCAGGUGGUGACUUGUCAUCUAUUAAUAGGCAAAUCCUUCGAUACUAUCGAUGCGUGAUCAGUGAGAUGCUCAAACUCAACAUUCAACCUAUGGUCACCUUAUAUUACCCAACUCAUCGCUCUCUGGGCCUGCCUGGGCCUCUACUUCAAAAUGGCGGAUGGUUAAACCAGUCCACGGUCCAGGCAUUUAGAAAUUACGCAGGAAUGUGUUUUCAGGCGCUUGGGGACUUGGUUAAGUUCUGGAUCACAAUAAAUGAGCCCAACCGACUCAGCGAGAUUUACAACAGCAGCAGUAAUGAUACCUAUCGGGCAGCACACAAUUUAUUGAUCGCACACGCCUUGGCCUGGCAUGUCUAUGAUAAGCAAUAUCGAUCCUUUCAGGAGGGCCAGGUGUCUUUGUCUUUGCAUUCGGAUUGGGCCGAACCUGCCAAUCCCUUUCUUGACCCCCAUUGGGACGCUGCAGAAAGGUUCCUUCAGUUUGAAAUAGCCUGGUUUUCAGAUCCAAUUUUUAAGACAGGGGACUAUCCAGUAGCCAUGAGAGAAUACAUUGACUCUAAGAACACCAAAGGCCUCUCUGGUUCGUCUCUGCCACAUUUCACAAACGAAGAGAAGAAACUCGUAAAAGGGACAGCGGAUUUCUAUGCACUGAAUCACUUCACGACAAGAUUUGUAAUCCAUGAGUCAAAAAACGGAAGCCGGUAUGACCUUGAUCGGGACAUUCAGUUUCUGCAAGAUUUCACCUGUCUGAGUUCCCCAUCUCGCUCAGCAGUCGUACCUUCAGGUUUACGCAAAAUCCUAAAUUGGAUUAAAAAGCGUUACGGUGACAUUGAUAUCUAUAUCACCGCAAACGGGGUAGUCGAUCAGUCAUUACAAAAUGACGGACUUCGUAAAUAUUAUAUUGAAAAGUAUGUACAGGAAGCCUUAAAAGCUUACUAUAUCGACAAAGUCAACGUUAGAGGCUAUUUUGCAUUUAAACUGACUGAUGAAAUAUCCAAACCCAGACUUGGAUUCUUCACCUCUGAAUCCAAAGCCAAGGCUUCUGUCCAAUUCUACAACCAUCUGAUUAGCAGCAGUGGCUUUCCGUUGGAACCUACAAAUAAUGUGUGCAGUCAAUUAAAGGAAAAAGCAUCCUGUACUGUUUGCCUAUUUCUAAUACAGAAAAAGGCGCUAAUAUUCUUUGGAUGCUGCCUUUUCUCUACAGUCAUUUUGCUUUUAAGUAUUAUUAUUUUUCACAACAGAAAAAAGAGGAAAUGGUAUUGGUCAAAGACCUUCCAGCACAUCUAUGUUCCCGUUAAAACUAAACAUAAGAAUGUUCUCAACCGGAUAUAGAUACAUUUUUCCGCAUAUAUGUCAACAGCAAGAGUGAGAAAUUAUUGGAAGUACUCAAGUCACUCCAGUUUUGUAUACCAAGGUUCUUAUAAAAGACAAUAUAUAAAGUAAAAUCCAUAUGAGCGGACUUAUGCUUUUGCAAUAGGAAUUUCUUACCUGGCAGGGGAGACACCAUGAUCACAUCUGUUCCAGAGAUUUACUAAACCCUUAGGGGCAUAAAAGGGUGCCAUGGGAGAGGCUGCAGGGGGCAGUGGGAAUUCAAUCCACCACUGGUGUCCAUUUCACUAGCAUUCUGCUGACAUCAUUGGAUCUAACCCACAGCUUUGUAUCUAGAAUUCUUCAUUUUAUGUUUACAGCCAGGGAGUCCCAAGAUGUUUAGUCACUUUCUUCUUCACCAUGAAGUCACUCUUAGAACUCUUAGCCUCUUGCCCUUUUAUACUGUCAUCAAGCAUGAGAAGGCAGAGGUGAAGAAAACUUGCCUAGAAAUCCAGGGCCUAACCUUUAACUCCCCCUGCCCCAAGCUUCAAAUUAACCUUUCAGAUCGAUGCAAGUUGAACUGUAGUCAUUCCUAUGAGAGCAAGGCUUUAGGACAGAUAUAUCAAGGAAAAAGAAAUGGUAUCAGUUUAGUAGACUUAAAUUAUUUUAAUUAUCUUUCAAACCGAAAUGCUUCUUUUGUGGAGCCUGGAAUAGCCAUUUAACUUGUUUGACUUGAAAAGGACACGAAGAUUUAAGUAUGUGCGCACUUUUAUACAAAUGUUUUAUAGAAAUGUCUUCAGAUUUAUGGAGUUACUAAGCUAUGCCAGCAUCUUUUGUAGUUUGCAGGCGUAAUGUUUAGACCAUCCCUUGUUUUUACCUUUCUUAAACUUCAAUCUUAUUAAUAUUUCUUAUGAACCAAAGAGUUGAAUCUCACUUCUAAAACUCUGGAUAUCACAUACAAAUAUUCAACUACCAACUUGUCCCCAGAAAACUGAACACUGCAAUAUUUACAACACAGCUGGUAAUUUAAACGUUAAUUCAGGAGAAGAGUACUAGUCCUCACAGUUGUAAAAGAAAUGCUGAAAGUUGCAUGAAUGUGAGGAAUGAAACAUUUCUCCAAAGCAGGGGUUAAACCUCUUUCACUCCAAGGGCUUAAUUCCAUUUCAGAAAAGCUGGGGUGGGGUGGGAGAUAUGCUUUCCAAUUGUGGGUGGAGCUUAACGCAAAGUGGGUGGCAGCAAAAAAUACCAGCAUAUUUUAGUUUAAAGCUCUUACUGCCAACAGCAAAUGUCAGGAAACCACCACAGAAUUGGUGGCUGGAGGGGAAAUGAUGGGGCCAUCUGGGGAACCCUAGCUUGGGAUGCCAGGCCUGAUAUUCACCACUCCUGCUCAAAAGCAACAGCUCUUUAACAGCACAUGGUUACCCCAGCUUCUGCAUCAAGCACAGGCUGAAAUUUAAUUCCUCCACUGUCGUCAGCAAAAAAGAGGCAGCAAAUGAAGGAAUCAAAAUAGGAGGAUCAAAACAGGAAUGUGCAGGUUGGCCUGAAAGAGCUUUCAACAGUCAGUUAGAUAUGGGAAGAAUUAAAAUCAGAAAAUACAGGGCCCUGUCUGGGUUUCAAAACAGGAGGGUUUAAGAUUUUAGAGACCAUGGCAGGAUCUACACAACUGCUUUGUAAUUAUUUAUAACAUUUUUGUCAACUGUUCGGGCCCAGGAGAGUUUUCAAAGUGUUAUAUCCUGCUUGUUGUAGAUUUGGCCCAUAUUAGAAAUUGCUGGAACCAAGAAAAAAAAUAUUAGCGAGAAGUACACACAUUUCCAGGGCACAACCAUAUUUUGGAAGCAUGAGAUACAUUUUUUAAAGUAACCUUCAAAAAUAUUGGCCUAUUUGUGUUGCUAGAAUUUCCAGAUUCUAUGACGUCAGUGAAUGUAAACAAAUACAGGAAAUAUCAGUUUAAUAUUUAAUUGAAUACCGUUAUUUAAAAGCUGGACUUUACUCCAGGCUUUUUAGGACCAAAGCAGCAAAAAUACAGUUGUUUUUUCUAUUGUCUCAAGGCUUAUACACGUCCUUCUUAUUGGGGGGUGGGGGGCAGGAGACACGAUCUGUAAUAAACAAACUUUAUUGUAACUUAUUUAUAUGAGAUGUGCAAUUCACACAAUUCUGUAUCCAGGUUAAAAUGUUCAAUGCCAACUGGCAAAUCCUCUGAAAUGGUCGCUCUUUAA